AUGUCUCUCACAGUUCUGGUUGAACGCGGCAAGAAAGCGCUUGAGGUCAAGAACUACGAUGAAGCCAUCUCACAAUUCACAGCCGCCAUUAAGGAAUCUCCGGAAUCCCCGGAUCUGUUUAUUCACCGUUCCAAUGCCAACCAGCGUGGUUCUCACUUCACUGCAGCGCUGGAAGACGCCGAACAAGCAGUCCUGAAUGCCAUCAAGCGAGCGAAAAGGGAACUCAUCAUCGAAGCUCAAUUCCGUCGCGGCGUGGCACUGUCGAAACUCAAGCGCCACGCUGACGCUUGCUUUGUCUUGGAUCUCGUGUUGGCAAAGUCCAAGGWCCACAAGCAAGCCGGCAUGUGGAAAAACAUGGCUCAAAAGGCUCUCGAUGCUCUCGAUCCGGACGAUCCGCUGCGAGUAUGCACCGUAUCUGAAGUCCCUGACGUCCCAACUCAAAAGGCAGAUACUACCUCGGGUGCUACCAAGGAAGAAGCAUCUUCUACGGCCCCUCCGCCGCAGCAGACCCCAGCGGAUAAAAUCCGGUACGACUGGUAUCAAACCAGCGAGCAAGUCUACAUCACUCUCCUUGCCAAGGGCGUACCUGCAGAUAAGGCGCAAAUCAACAUUUCUCCGCGAUCACUCACCAUUGAGUUUCCGCUAAUCUCGAGCUCCUCGUCAUACCWACUGACGCUGGAGCCUUUGUUCGCAGCAGUCAAUGUAGAGAAGAGCACUACUCGCGUGCUUCCAAGCAAGGUGGAAAUCAUUCUUGCCAAGACCACUCCUGGACAAAAGUGGUCCAAACUAGAGAGCGAGGUGCCUUUGGAAGAUCACGAGGCAGAAGACAAUGUCAACGAAUCAAACACGAUCGCACGCGCAAUUCUCGCAGACCGUCCGCCUGUUGCUCCAGCUUACCCAACUUCCUCCAAGAAAGGCCCGAAAGACUGGGACAAGAUUACUGCGGACGACGAUGAAGCGGCCAGUGGUAAUCCGGACGACUUCUUCAAGACGAUCUUCAAGGGUGCCAGUCCCGAUAUGCAGCGUGCGAUGAUGAAGUCCUACACCGAGUCGAAUGGARCAUCUCUCUCCACUAACUGGGAGGAGGUCAGCAAGGGUAAGGUUGAGACGCUGCCGCCAGAUGGCAUGGAGGCCAAAAGCUGGAACCGGUGA